GAUGACACAAAUGUCAUAUAUUCAUGGCGCAAGAUGUUUUUAGCAAAAUGGCUGAGGAACAGUGGAUUUUAAAUGAAGAUGGUUAUUUAAAUGUAGAUAUAGAUGUAAAAGAAAUAAUUUACCAUCCAUAUCUUAACGUCAUCUUAAUUUGCACACAAACCGGAGUGGUAAGCGUCCUAGACGUAAAUUCUGGUGUAAUCCUUCACUCCAGCUCUCUCUCAGCCCAAAAUCUAUCGAAUGUUAAGUGCAAGUACAUUCCAUCUUUGGACAAAGUGUUAUUCACAGAUGGGCAAGCAUUGGGUGUGAGGUCUGACUACAAUGGUGUUUUACUCCUUGACAGUAUUCUUCAGAAAAAUAUCACAGAUGGAAAACAGGAAGUUAAAAUUGAAUUGCCACUUUCAGAGGCCAUAAUUUUAAAAGAAAGUCUAUCGUCCAGCAAUCUUCAUGGACUUGAACAGAUAAUCAACGAACUCACUGAAAUUAUUUCAGAGGCCCAAGCACAUCAUAAAAAAGGCAUAAAAGCACAAAAAUGGAAUACUGUCUGUCUCACCACACCUCUAGAAGAUUUGCGAUAUGCAACGUCUACUACAGUAGCAAACUUAUUGACCAACAACCAGCACAUUCCCGAACUAGGAGUCGCUUCGGCAGUACAAGAACGACUGUCGGAUCUUCUUGCAGAAAAAGUAAACGCCUCUGAUAGGAAAUCUAUGGCGAGCGAAUGGAGGAGACGAGAAACGUAUAGUCAGUGGCCACAUAUGGAUUAUAAGUGGGCAUUACCAGACCAAAUGGCCCAAGCAGGUUUCUACCAUCAGCCGAAUUCAUCAGGCGACGACCGCGCCAUGUGCUUCACAUGCUCCGUGUGCCUCGUUUCCUGGGAACGCACAGACGAACCUUGCAGCGAACACGAACGACAUUCCCCGAAUUGUCCAUUCGUCAUCGGUGAAUACACGCAAAACGUUCCACUAUCAGUCACGUACGCUACUUGUCCAGCUGUAGAUGCCAUGUUCGCUGGAAAGAACAUCAAUCUAGUUGGACGAAGUUCUGUUGUCGAUUUGAUACCGGCAGCAGACCAAGAUGGACUUAUAUCAGUAUUUGAUGUUUCUGGGAAAGUGAGAAGAGAGUGUUGUUUUUAUGUUACGCAGUUUGAUUCGUUUCUCGUGGAUAAAUAUACGCAGGAUUUUGGGCAGGGUGGAGGGUGGCCUGGAAGUGAUAUAAAAAAAUAUCCUGUAGAUAAAAAAAUAACAUCCAUAGCUAUCGUAGGUGAUAAUAAAAAUGUAAAUAAAUCAAUAUCAUGUAGGCCAAGUAUAAUCAGUGGCGUAACCCUCACUAGUCAGUCUCAGAAUAACACACAAACAGAAAAUAUGAUAAAAGAUAAAGCGUAUCUAGUAGUCUAUGAUUUUACCUACAGCAAAGAUUUGGAAGAACAGGAAAUUCAGACAGUAAAAUCCCCACCCGAAAAUCCAUUUGUGCUGGAUUCCAAUUCCAUAGAUGAUUUAGAUAAGAAAGAAAGUUAUACAGACUUUAUAGGUAACAUAGAUCCCGUGGUGUUUUCCUUUUAUAAAACCUUGAUACCCAGUGAAUCUGAUGAACUGUACAUAAGUCCUUCAGUAUCGAUGACUAAGAAGAGUCACACAGGACCUAAGGUGUUAGUAUUUGAUAGUUUCAAUGCAGCGAACGUUAAUUUUAAUUCUAUAUCGAACGACUCAAACCUUAUGACCAAUGGUCCUUUGGAAGUUAGCAAUGUGGAGAGUGAACCUAGUAUAUCAGACCAUAUUUUGGAGAUUAAAAAUUGCCAAGAAAGGAAAAGAGUGCACUACUCCCGUGCAGUCCAAUGUAUAAGCAUACCGGAAGAAUGCAGCACGUGUCAAGAUUUAGAAAUAGCGGAUAUACUGCCAACCAACGACCAGAAACACAUAUUGGUCUAUCUAAAAAGCAAUAACCCUUCCCAAAACUUCUUACUGCUCUAUCAGCUAGACUUUUCCGACAAAAUGGUCAAGCUUAAAGAAGAUGUCGUAUUAGUUAAGCAAUUGGCCAGCGACGAAAGCCCUAUAGAGAUCAAUUUAUUGCCGGUUAUCGAUAAAUUUGGAUCUUUUUCGGAAAGGCUCACUGAAGCAGAAGGUACCGCUGUGAUGGUUUGUGUAGAUGGUGUUCUAAGGAUUGUCAGUCUCUCAGAUUUGAAUGUUAUAUGUUACGCGAAAAUAGAAGGAGAUGGGUUUAUUUCCGCCGCAUAUUGUAACAGUUUGGACCGAUUGUGUGCUUCAACGAAAAAAGGCUCCCUUCACUUUUACGUUCUUAGCAACGCUGAAAACGAAUCAAGUGACGAUCACGACGAAGACGAUCUUUUUGGAAUGCACGUGGAGAACACAAACACUCUAUCACAAUCGACAGAUAAUUUGGACAAUUCAGAAUUACUAAGAUACUUCCAAGAACCAGUAUACGUGAUUCCUUCCAACGAUUUGAAGAACUUGAAAUUGUUUUGCGAUUUCGAACCUUUAAAAACCGGAUAUUGUGUCGUGGUUCCUCCUUGCUGGAGCGAGUUUCAACAGUCCUUAAGACAGCGAAGACAACCACAAUGUGAGGGCGAGCAGAAUUCCAAAACUUGGAGACUGUUGACCGAUACCACGACUUGGGACGAACAUAUAUUCGAAAUAACGCUACCUAGUUCAACUGUGUUAGGUCAUGUCGAUGUCCACUUCACACUUCAACCCGAUAGUGGAUCUCCUAAUGUAGAAAUCACUCUUUUACGACAAAACAAAAGCGGAAUAGGCCACAAGAGAGAUGUCAGGUUUGCUGUUGAUGAAACUGUCACAAUAGAUAUGUUGCAAUGGGCAGAUAACCCUGUAACUUCACAGGAAUAUUUGCGAGCACAAAAUGCGGAUAUCUUGGCUGGUCCUACAGAUUUAGCUUCCCAUUUAGAUCUAACGGAACAAAGCGGCAUUGUCACUUUAACUAGUCCCAAAUUAUAUAAAACCAAGGUUAGGAACUUGCUUCUUCACAUUAGAGCCGUUAAUGCCAAAGAUGAUAAAACAGAAACGAAAAGAAGUGUAGACAGAUCAAGUCUUGGUAUUGACAAGUUAGGAUUACCUAGAAAAAUCGAUAUCUACAUGGGUUGUGAUGUUAUACAUGAACUAAGUGUAACUCUACAUACGAUUAAGCAACAAGAAAACUCAAAAGAUCGCGUACAGAGGAACUUAAUGUUGGAAUCCAAUGUUUUCAUCGAAUCCUUACUAGUUACUGCGAUAUGUAGUACCAAUGUUGAUGAUAUCGGCAUGGUGCUAGAUAUGCUAGAUUGGAUCGCCUCUAUAAGGCUCAGUAGGAAUAGGAGUAAUAACGGGGAAGCACCAAAUCAACAAUUUGAGUUUUUAACGAUUAUUCAAGAGCAGUUGGCAGUAUUGUUGCACCAAUGCCUCUUGCUGGGGGGCAGAAGCGUGGCUCACAAAACAGUUCGAUUGAUUAUUACUUGUUGCAGCGGAGCUGAGAACAUCAGUACAACCUGCGGAGAGCAGUUUAGUUCAAUGGUCCUCAAAGGAAUAUUCUCCAUCUUAGAUUCUAUAACCCAGAUAAAAUCUGCCGGCGGUCUUCAGUGGUUGUUUUCUUUGUUAUUAAAAGUUACCACAAAGAAUAAAGAAUCGAUGAUAGCAUCGAAAUGUACAGCACUACUUAGUAACGUAGCCAAUGAAUUAUUAAACAGAUCAAACCCGUACCAUUUGGUACUAAGAGGAAGGUAUGGAUUGUAUGGUACACCAAUGGAACCAGAAUUGUUUGAUGUAGAACCGCCACCGUACGUCAAAGGAGACAGAACAGCUACUUAUAUGAUAACAGCAAACUCUUCAACCCAACAAGCUCAAGAUUCGUCUCCAAACGUUCCAAAUCCUACCACGUUUUCUUUCAACAAAGACAACAUUAAUCCUAAAGAUAUUUUAUCCCCUUCAUCGACCAAAGUUAAAUACAAGAACAUAGCUUCCCUUCGUCUUAUAAAAGGCCUCAUAGAAACGCAGCCUCUUCAUUUCUCUUGUAUUUGGUCCAGUGAAGGUACUAGAGUGGAGAAAGCAGACUGUAACAUCAAUUCAGCCUACAUCCAUAACGUUCCUAUUACUUUUUCGAGUAAUGUUGGUGGUGAACAGUUGAUAGAAGACAGUAUGGAGAAGUUGGUAGAUAAAAUUAAGAUGAUGAAAGAUGACGUCAAGGAAAAACCGGGGUAUAACAAAUGGGUUAUUGAAAUGCUGCAAGAUUCUGGAUAUUUAGAAAAUAAAGGGCUGAUUGAAAAUGUAUUCGUAAAUCCUCCAAAGAUAUCAGUUCAGGAUAAAAACGUAGGGAUAAAUAAAUCCAUACAUAUUCCCGAACGAGAACCAGCAAGAGUAGCACCAGGAAACGGGCUACCCUGGCAGGAAUUGCUCACUAUUCCACCAAAACAAGUUAUUGUAGUUGAAAGAAUGCAUUCAGGGGCACGAAGGCAUAUAACAUUAGAUUUUGGCAAACCUGUUUUAUUAACAGAUGUUUUUAUUCCGUUUUGUUCUGAUUUGGUCACACUGACGAUCGAUAUUUGGUUAAAAGAGGAAGAUGUAGACGAAACUAGGUUGGUUAUGGCCAUGGAUAUUGGAACGAGGAACUUAUUGUUGACUGAUCUACAACCGCCACCAUUAUGUAGAUACAUGAAGAUAACUGUCGUUGGUCGCUACGGAAUGUCAACAGUCAGAUGCCGUAUCCCUCUAGGAUACUUCUAUGGCCACAUAACAGUAAUGCCGGAUGAAAUCUGUCCCGACAUUGCCCAAACUUCGACAAAUAAUGCACCAACUUCAGACUUAGACAAACAACUCGAAAUUUUGUCGAAACUCUUCGAAGACAUCAGCUGUCGAUAUAGUUUAGCGUGUUCAAAAUUGAAAGAGCUCUUACAGCCUUUUAUUAUAUCCGACAUGAAGAACGCGGCUCAUCUAGCCACGUAUAUGAACAUUUUGAAGGACAGAAACGGCACUGGUAAUAACGCUGAGCACAACAAAAUUUUCGGAGCAUAUCAAGAGAGCAUAAAGUAUCAGUACCAGUUGAAUAUAAUAAGAAACGUAAUGACCAGAAUAGAAGGUACCACCAAUUCGUCAAGUUUCCAAAAUUCUGAAAUUUACAGCGAUAAACUAACAUCAAUAGCGGAAAGUCUAUUAGAAGUGCUGUUAUCUAUUGAUGCUACAACUGAAAUGUCGAAAGGUGAAUGUCAGCAAUUUUUCAAAGGUCUAUGUAUGACUCAACCUUCUAGGUUACAGCUACUCGGAGCAAUGUUUUUGGAAAAAAAUUGUGGGAAGUCGCUAUUUUGGGGCGAUUUCUUAGCCGACACGUUAGCAGAAAACUUCGCAACUUCCUGCAUUCAAAGAUUCCCUCAAGAUAAGUUAUUUGUUUUACUCUCAUAUCUAAGUCGAAAGUCUUCUGAAAAAAGCGCUUGUAUUGAUGCAGCUUUGCGAAUAGUGUACGACACUCUCACUCCGCUUACAGCCAAUAGAAGGCCACUGUUAGCUGCUACUAUUGAUUUGCCACUAUUGUCUUGGGAGCUGAUGUUUCUUUCACUCCAGUUAACUUUGUGUAAAGCCUCAUCUACUUCGGUCAACAGGUGGAAUUGGGUGCUGGGUGAAAUGGUGGGCACUAGGAAUCUGGAUACUUCAAAAGGGAAUAACAGGAAGAAAACUUGCAAAAGGGUGGCCCAACCAUCUACCAAUACUUUACAGACCUACUCCAGUAUUGUUGUCGGCGGAGGUCCUGUUUAUACACAGAAUUUGAAAAGUAUGAUAGUCCAUGACAAGUUAGGUAGACUAAAAUCCAUUAAAAAGCUGCAAGAUGAAGGAAGACUAGCCAAAGAGAAGAAGGAACAGGCUCUAGAAAAACAACAUCCCUUAUUCAAUACUCCACAAAAUAUUGAUAAUAACCAUUGUUUAAUUGUAGCCAAAGGUCUCUUGCAAUUAAUUUUAUACAUGGACCAUUCCUGUAGUGCAGACAUGUUGCUCUUGUGUUUUAAAGUAAUAUCCAAGUUGGUAACCCUAGCGAAACUCCAAUUGGGACAGCUUCUUAAGGAAGAUCAGUUGCUGGCACUUAUCCAAUUUUGUAUAUCUAGCAAAAUACCUUGGGCUCCAUUUGCUUUGGCUAGUUUCUUGCAGGAUGCAAUGGAUUUGAGUUCAGUCAAGAUAGAAGACAUUGAAAUGGAAACGGAAACAACUUCCUCUCCCAGUAGCUUUACACAAAACGUUUCAGAGACUCAUCCUGCAGAAGUUUAUGUAGACAAUAUACAACCGAUAAAAUUCUCACCCGAGCCAUCUAACAUUCAAGCAAAAACCAACUCCUUGAUAAAUAAUUACAAAGAACUUUUAGAAGUAGAGGCCAUGUUAUCUAAGAAAAACAGCCACCCAUUACCAUUAAGUAACAACAAUUUUCCUCCGCUACCAUCAGUGUUUGAAUCAGAAGACUCAGAUUAUGACGAAUUGAUAGAUCAGAAACUCAAAACGGCCUCUAAAGUCUCCAAGCAAGUUUCUGCUUUGAAUUCGGGAUUAUCUUGCGCCAUGGAUAUGAGGCUAGAGUUGGGGGUUCAGUCAAACUCAGAAAUAACGCUGAAGAAGAUAAUAAUUAAAAACACCCACUUGCUGUUACAGAACAUAUCGCUGGAAGGGUCUCAGCAGGAGAGUUUUAACGAAUUGAACCCUUGGCCAGUCGUUCUUGAAAAUACACCAUCAGAGUCGUCGUUGAACAACCAAAAAAUGUUGACUUUCUGUUUUUACUCCUUAUUCGAAAACAUCCACAACCAUGACCCUUCCAAAAUAGAGCACAUUUUGCAAUUGUGGUUGACAUUAAACUCGUCGAAUAAGUGUGAACAGUUUGUUCCUGGUUCCAUUCCUCAAAUAGUUUUGAACUGCAGUUCUAUCAACUAUUUGAUUAACGCUAUGGCUUGGACACCGGGAUUAUCCUUGACGACUUGGUGUAGUGCCUUACAAACGUUAACCUUAGUUUGUAAUAUGAAUAACGGGAAAAAGUGGUUUGAUUUGUCGGGUAUGGCGAAUACCAUAGUGAACCACGUGAAUUUUAAUCAGUUUUUCUUGAAUCUUCUAUCUGGUACUGGGCCUGUGUUCAAUGGAAAGAUUUUGGCUGGGCCUCUUUUGUGCAAAGCACUCCACGACUUUUUAGUUAGAUUGCAAAUGAGAUGCGACGUCGUCGGUCCUACUAGCAAACUGGGCAAUACGCUAAAGUCUACAUUGUUAAAAGUUACCUACCAAUUAACGAAGCCGUCAGGUUCAGUAGCGUGUAGAUUAGGUCCCCUCGACGCCCAAUGUAAAUUAUUACAAACUAUGUUGUAUUUAGAUUUUACUAAUUCCGAUUUGAGCAUAGCGAUGAGUACCCUGGAAGCUACAGCAUCUUUGGUUCAUAGUUACGUGAUAAAUACAGAAAGAGUUAAGUGUAUAAGUAUAGGUGAAAAACAAACAGUUAUGAACCACGCCUUUAGCGAUAUAUUUGCCAGUGUACUAGGCUCAGACUCGAAUAAGCAAGAUCGACCAGUGUCAUACGAAGAUUUGUUAAUUUUACUAUUAAAAUUGUUGGGUAAAUUGGUUCAAACACCGUUACCAAGUCAACAGGAAGCAAUGGAUACCGAAUCUGCAGCAACAUCCCAAACGGACGAGAGCAAAGCAGAAUUAAUCUAUCAAGAAAAUGCACGCGUUCAGCAACAAGUUCCAUGUUUUGCUGAUGUUGUCCUCCAACAACACCCCACUGUUAUACGGUUAUGUCGCUGUCUGGCGGCAUGUAAGUCAUCUUCAGUGUUCAUGCUCCCUAAUGUUACACAAAAGGCAACUUUUUCUACGUUAAGCGAACCGAAUACCGUUGGGGAUGCUAUUUUCCAUUUACUAGCGUUGUUAGCCAGAAAAGCGUCUGAUAAGAACUUAUUGUUAAAACCAUUGCUAAUGUUCUUAUCGCAAGUGAAUCAGCUGAGCGAGCCAGUAUUUUGGUUCGUUUUGCAGUUUUUGGAUACUGAAGAAGCUGUAGAAUUAUUCUUUAAUUCAGGUGGUAUAUCAAUAUUGGGUAAGAACAUAGUCAACAGCACAAAUUCGCCUAGUACCUUAUCUAAAAUAGGUACUAUAUCAACGGUGAUGCAACAUUUUAGCUGUAUUAAUUCAUCCUCUGAUAUACGGAGCAUACUAACGGCGCAUGCUACCAAAAAAUCCGCUCAUACAUUUCCCGAAAACAAAAUGUCGAUGAUUAACUUUGCGCCAUAUUGUACGAUAUCUUGUGAGUCCAGUACUGCUCAGUCUGCAGACGUUUUGAUACAGGGAGUGGUCAGUUCAACUAACAGAAGAGCAAGAGCUCCUUUAUGGUCGUACCAUUUUUAUCCGGAAGAAAGUCACAUCGAGUUGAUGCUACAGUUGCCGAAUGCUGUUUUAUUGAGAGAAGUACUUUUACAACCCCAUAGUGCAAAUCUGGCAACCUCACCAUCAUAUGUAGCAUUAGAGGUCUCGGCCAAUGGUCCAUCUAGACUUGCACCCGUGUGUUUACCGCUACCAACGAGUGGUUUAACAUAUAUCCGUUUACAUUUACCAGUGCCAAAAGUCGUGAACUGUGUUCUAAUACGAUUGUAUAAACCCCAUGACUCGAAUAGUAUAGGCCUUAUACAGAUUAGAUUGCUUGGCAACUACGCAUUUGGUGGAAGCUUAACCCAAGGUUCCGAUGCUGAAGAUGAAUCACACUGUAAACACAGUCUAGGCUGGCUUAGAGUACUUCAUCAUUGCUUUACCAUGGGAUCAAACGCAGACUUAAAACGGCAGAUCAUCGAAUGCGCCUCCGACGUUCCGAAUCUUCUUCCAACCUGUUGCGGUCUGCUCUUGGUACCAUCACAUAUACUUCCGAAUUAUUUGCCUUGUUUAGAAAAAGUUCUUCGGGAAUUAGCACUGUAUAGUCCCGAGAACGGCUUUCAUACCAUAAGAGUGCUGCUGGAUAGCCGUUCGGAUAUAGAACCGUUGAUGCUGGCAGACACCAUUUGGCAAGAAAGACUGAUCAACGUAUCUGGAUAUCAAUCCGCUUGUGAAUUGCUGUUCCAAAUUUGUGAGCAUCAGGAUCCACAUACUUCUUACCGAGUAAUAAUAAUAUUAGAGUGGCUAGAAACAACGACAAACGAAGCCAUUGCAACGCAGAACACCCACAAUUGCAAUGCCGCAUACUUUUCCAGUAUAGCUUCGAUAUUAUGGGCAGCCAAACAAUCCCAAGUUGAAUACGAUCUGAAAUCGCUCAUAUCACUGGACUUAUUUAACUCCAUCUACACGCUAAAAACACAAACAGAAUCGAACAUAAGCCUUAAAUAUUCGUUAGACUCACUGUUAUGCUCGUUAUGUUACAUAAUGCCAGAGUUCUUCUCCAUUUUGCUGGAAAAAAUCGGAGUGUUGGUUCCAAAUUUGUCGACAGGCCAUCAAGCUUCUAUAAGCGAUGACAGAAAAGAUUCAGAGAGCUUGACAGAUGACAGUAAGCGUAGCUUCGAUGCAAGUUCAGAAUGGUACGGUCACUUGGUGAUAGGCGAACUAUCUAAUUUGAAUCUAAGUAGGGAAGAAUUAGAAACAAUAGCACUAGUUAGCAGAUCCCCGACUUCUAUUCAACAGCUACUGGACUCGGGAUUGCCCAAGCUACUCAACAGCGCAAUAUUAGAGUUUUGUCAUAGUGAAGAUGAACCAACUGUACCUAUGGCGAAGCUAGAUAAUGUAUCAAGCAUUCUGCAAUUCUUCACUGAUGUUAGCGAUGAGAAAAUCAUGAGAGACUGGUUGGGGUCGGAGGAUGGUUCGUCAUUUUGGCUACCUUUGUUAAAAUGGUUGUGUAAAGCGCCGACUGCCAAGAUAUCCAGUUUGCAAACCGAAGCUCACGUUCAUUUGGAAGAAGUUUGCGUGAAAUUCCUUUCUAAAUGCUGUUUGUGUCACGCUGUUAAUCAGGGCAGGUUAUCGAAGGUACUUUGCGAUGUUAUCUACAUGCAGCCUAAUGGAAUAUCUGGAUUCAUGCGCAGGUUAAUCUUGCAACUACUGCUUGAAAAUGAAAAGAUACCAGUAAGCAUAGAAGCAGACGAAACCCUUUACAAAAGUUCAAAAUUAACCCAGAGCUACAUACCCGCUCACCCGGCAUUCAAACAAACCUACAACCGCGCCAUGUUGUGCUUGAGCACCAAUACAACACUACUGGAAAUCUUGGAGCAGCACAUAUUUUUCAAAAUAUCGUACAAAUCAGAUUUGUUGGUUCACAAGAAGAAUAACUUCCCUACGCGGAAGGAUAUCUUCUCGUCUUGGUUUGCUCCCGAUGAGCAGGAGAUGAGCAUGGCUGCAGGUGUUACCGCCAAAGAUAAACGUGCCAAAGAUGCGAAGAAUCAAGCCACAUCGACGACGCCGCUGUCAAAAAAGAAAAGGUAUGCUUCGAACUCAACCAGUGCAACUGACGUAAUCGAGGGAAGGCUCAUAAAAUGCGAGUCAUUUUCUGACCAACCACUGCCGCUUACGGUAAGCCUGGGACAACUUUUAAGACUGAUAGAGUCUAAUGGAAAUACCGCAGAUUGGCCUUAUGUACAUCUUAAGAUCUACCAAUGUAAAAAUAAUGAUGAUAAAUGUAGUAGCGAAACGAAUUCUUCUGUAUUCCAACAACCACCAAUUUGUAGUGCCUUACAAGUGUUUAGUUCGAUGGGCGGCCUCGCGUUGCUUGCUCAACAUCUUCCUACCGUUUAUCCAGAAGCAAUUAGGUCGGCUAUUUUAGAAAAAUCCCCACCGGAUUCUUCCGAUUCGGAAUGGAUAAAAGUAGAUGAAUCUGAUGAUGUGUGUGAAGAAAUUUGGGAAGAUACUAUCGGGACCAACUCGCCUUCUAAAUCUUCAGUUAUAAUCUCUCAUGUGCCACCUCAUUCGUUAACUGCUUUCGGACUGUUCCUGAGGCUACCGGGAUACGCUGAAGUACUACUCAAAGAUAUGAAAAAAGCGUUAUAUCUCCUCAGGUUGACUUUAGGGGUAACAGACGACGGCGAAGGUGGAGAUAUUUUCAAUUCUCCUAUUUCCGAUUCGUUACCUACGUUACCUUUUGAAGUUUUGAAAAAGUUGUAUGACGGCACUCCCCUCAGUACCGACGAUGGAAGGCUAUUGAGGAGAAUAAGUAUUAAUAUAGGCGUAGUUCAUUUACUAUUAGCCUGUAUAGGAAUAUUUUCUCAUCAGUCUAGUAAUGCCGCCAAUGGUACUGAUAAGGAUAGCCAGCUCCUGAAACUGAAGGAGGAUAAGUCACAGUUAUAUUGGGCGAAAGGUACUGGUUUUGGAACAGGCUCCACCCAACAGAGUUGGAACGUGGAACAAGCAUUGCUGAAACAAAAAAGUGAAGAGGAACAUGUUACUGUACUUCUGCAAGUUUUGGCCAGUUAUAUCAAUCCAAACGAUGAUGCGGAAGAUGAGCUAACUGAAAACGUUCUUCCUCGAGCUUUUUAUGAAUUACUGACACAAAGUGCUCUGCUGCCAGCCAUAAGCUCGUAUUUAAGGAAUGAUUCAGUUUUAGAUAUGGCUCGACACAUUCCUCUGUAUAAAGGAGUUCUUCAGUUGCUGCGGGCGGUUGCUGUCAGUUCACAACUAGUUAGUUUGCUGUUACCUCAAAAGAACAGCAAGAAUAACGACCCCUCUGUUAGUUCCUUAUUAAAAAAUAUGAAGAGUUGUGUAGAUACUUAUGCUUCUAAAUUAAGGUUAAAUACUAAAAGUAAAUCGAAAAAUAAAUUGGGUGAGCAAUUGGAAGAAUUAGAGCAGGGUGAAGGUUUAGCCACCUUGAUGCCUGAUAUACAACAUACUGCAAAUUUGGUAUCUAGGGUUACAAGUGGUUUAGUAGACUCAGAGAGUUCGAAUGAUAGUGAGAAUUCUAUUGAUAAGGAAAUUAUAGUUUCUAUAGAAGAACAGUAUUUAACGAUAAUGAAGAAAUUACAAUUUCUGUCGUAUGAAAUGAUAACGGAAUUACCAGAGGGAGGAUUAAAAUUUGUGGUAUCCCAUCAUUUCGAAAGUAGUGCAAAGUCAACUAAUGAGCAAUCGCAUCCUACCAGAGUGAAAAGGAUAGCGCAAGAGGCUGUGACAUUAUCAAGUAGUUUACCUUUAAGUUAUAGUAGUUCAGUUUUUGUUAGGUAUGAUAAUUCCCGAUUCGAUGUCAUGAAGGUGUUAAUAACAGGGCCUGCAGACACUCCAUACGCGAACGGUUGUUUCGAAUAUGACGUGUUUUUCCCGCACGAUUACCCGCUGUCUCCGAUGAUGAUAAAUCUAGAAACGACAGGUCAUCACACGGUCAGAUUUAAUCCUAAUCUUUACAAUGACGGUAAAGUGUGUUUAUCAGUAUUAAACACGUGGCACGGUAGACCAGAGGAAAAGUGGAACGCUCAAACAUCUAGUUUCUUACAAGUUUUAGUGUCUAUUCAGAGUUUGAUACUUGUUCCAGAGCCUUAUUUUAACGAACCAGGUUAUGAACGGGCCAGGGGAACCCCAGCGGGAACAGCUAGCUCAAAACAUUAUAAUCUUAAUAUAUGUCAAGCAACUGUUCGAUGGGCGAUGUUAGAACAAAUUCUCAAUCCUUGUCCCUGUUUCAAGGAAAUCAUCCAAGCACACUUCUAUAUAAAACGAAAUGAAAUCUUAGCACAAGUGGAAAAAUGGAUAAGUGAGGUAGAACAAGAAGUCACGAAAGAGAAGAAGGCACGGUCAAACAAAAAAUCGCCAGCUAGCACCUUAGACAGCUUCAAGAAAGUGUACCAGCAAUUAAGGGAAGCUUUGUUAAAGUUAACCCCGCCUCCUAAAUUCCAAGAGGAAGAAGAGGAUCUCCCUGUAACACCUACAAACAAUAUGGAGGUUGCGAUAGAGGUGCAUCAAGUUGAUAACAUGGAGAAAGACAUGGUGAAAAUGGUGAACGAUAUGUGCGAAUGAAAUAAAUAAAUGGUAGAAUGCAUAGAUGCAAUAGUUUGUUCUUUGGGUGUUUUAGACAAGUUCGUGAAGUAAUAGAAAAAAAAAAGAAGAAAAUUAACAUAAUUGAUUUCGCAACUAUUUUUGUUCAUUUAUAAAACAUACUUUUUUACUUGUUGUGAAUUCUAUCGUUUUUAUAUUUACUAGUUAUAUUUUUACAAUCAAUUUUUGAACAAUUUCAAGCACUUUUUUCAAGUUUCAUUUAGAAUUUGAUUUUAAAUAAAGCACCACUUACUAUAAUGGCAUCAGUUAUUAUAAUAGCAUUGCCCAUCAUAGUACUAUUGUAGCACCGGUCUACCAAGAUAAAAAUUACCAAGUCUACCAAGUAAAAAGGUAAAUAAAUAGAGGUAUAAAAAAGAAAUAAAGAACUGAAAAAAGGUAAAGAAUUUAGUUUCAAACAUUGAUCUUACCUUAUUCUAAAAAUUUUAGUAAUUGCAUUCAUUUUGCCAAGUUUCCUACAUUUGAUAUGACUUUAAAAGUGACUUCCAAGGAUUAAAAUUCUUUGUAAAACUCGUCAUGUAGUCCCAGAGUAAACAUUCUGAAGUUUCAUUGGUUUUUAAACAAAACAGAUGUCUUACUGAUGCUGUUUAUCGCUUAAUCAGAUAGAUGAUUCGCAUCUUUCAUAUCACGCUGUACCGCUUGGCUGACAUCAGGUUUGUUCCAACUCGAUACAAAACCGUUCUUCAAUCGUUACGCGCAUGCGCAAUACCGAAUAAUUAUGCGCAGUAACACAUUUUUCGUUACUGCGCAUACUCAUAACCGUUCAAGAACGGGUUUGUAUCGAGUUGGAACAAACCUAACAUGUACAUCUGUGUCGCUGUGACUUCUUAAGUAUUAGAUAUAUUCAACAUUAAAUGAUAUAGCCGAUAUUUUGACAUGAAAGAUGAAUCGACUCUUAUACCUUUUAGUUCCAUCCGUAUGAAUAUUAUCUCUUAAUAUUAUAUCUUAACCUCUGAUAGCUAUUGAUGUUCGCUUACACGAUGUCAUAGUCAAAUCUGGCUUUAAUUUAGACUCCAGUUGAAUUCUUUCCAGAAACUUGAAACAGCCGACUGAUUACCAGAUUUUAUUUGAUUUUUUUUGUUUUUUCUUCAUUUAUGAAAUUAUUUAGUAUAUAAUUAAAGAUAUGUAUUGUUUAUGCGCUGUAGUUAAAUAUUAUUUAAUGAUUUACCAAAAAAUCGAUAAGCUAUUGAUUCAUAUACCUUAUCUUAAAAGCAUUAUUCAAACUUCAAAACCGUUUUGAAGAUCACAUCGAAAUAGUUUGUUAUAUAUACGAUUAUAUAUUCGUUCUAAAAUGCCCAAAGAAUUAUUUAUAAACGACCCUCAAAGGUGCGGAAUAAAGCAUUUACUUUUUGUCUCCGAUUAUUGUACAUUGACUUCGUUUCAUAGAGCAAUAUUUUAUAUACGUUUUGCAAGUUUUAGAAGGGAAAAAUUGGAUUUUUUUAUUUUGAAUAUUCGCGCAAAUGCAAAGAACGUCAAAAUAGACGAAGUUACCAUGUCGUAACUGUGUCAUUGUUUAUGGUAGAUUAACAAACCUAAAUUAUUCUUAAUUUUAAAUUGUUUAUAAAUAAAUGUGAUGACUUAAAAUAAAGAUACUGUUUUAUGAUAA